UUCAGAAGGACUUUAACAAUGAAGAACUAUUCAAUGGUGACAACAUUUAUUCUCGUGGGACUAACAGAUGAUCCCAAGUGGCAAACUGCAAUUUUCCUUUUUCUACUGCUAACAUAUUUAUUGAGCAUCACUGGAAACCUGACUAUUAUCCUGCUCACUCUUCUGGAUUCCCACCUCAAAACACCCAUGUAUUUCUUCCUUAGGAAUUUCUCGGUCUUAGAAAUCUCAUUGACAUCUAUCUGCAUCCCUAGAUACUUAUUCAGCAUAAUGACUAUGGAUAAAAGAAUUUCCUAUGAUGCUUGUGUGACACAAUUGUUUUUUGCUAUCUUCUUGGGUGCCUCGGAAUUUUUCCUCUUGGCUGCUAUGUCCUAUGACCGUUAUGUAGCCAUCUGCAAACCCCUUCACUAUACGACCAUUAUGAGCAACAGAGUCUGUACACAGUUGGUUGUUACCGCUUGGUUGGCUGGGUUGUUAACAAUCUCUCCUGGACUUCUCAUGGGCUUGGAGUUGGAAUUCUGUGAUGCCAAUGUCAUUGACCACUUUUUCUGUGACUAUUCUCCUGUCCUACAGCUCUCUUGCACCAACACAAGAGUCAUCGAAUUGUUAAGUUUUAUUUUAGCCGUUGUCACCCUCCUGAUUACAUUGGCACUGGUGGUGCUCUCCUAUGCAUACAUCAUGAGAACAAUUCUGAGAAUCCCUUCAGCCCAGCAGAGAAAGAAGGCUUUUUCUACUUGUUCCUCCCACAUGAUUGUGGUCUCCAUCUCUUAUGGCAGCUGCAUUUUUAUGUACAUUAAACCUUCUGCAGAGGAAAGGGUAACACUAAACAAGGGGAUAGCGGUGCUCACCACCUCAGUUGCGCCUGUCUUAAAUCCUUUUAUAUACACCUUAAGAAACAAACAAGUGAAACAAGCCCUAAAGGAUCUAGUUAAAAAAUGUAUCUUUAUUAUCUUAAGAUAA